CUGCCCACAGUUCAUCAUUGGGGCUAUUUUUCUCUAAAUAUAACAUCCUGUUUCAGACCACAACCAGCUGUUGGUCUUCAGGUCUAUUUUUUCCAUGUUGCUGAAUCUAAAGAGGAAGUGAGAGGCUCUGCAGAAAGUCCCAUGAGCUGAGCUCAGUAGCAUGAUGUGAAGUGGAAGCGAGCAUAACAGCACACCGAACAACAAGAAGAACCCAAUCUAAACGGUCGGAUCAUGGCUCAAAGCUGCCUCAAGUGUUUAAAGUACACCAUGUGUGUCGCCAACUUCCUGUGUUUUGUUUGUGGAGCUGCGGUUCUGGGAUUUGGCGUGUACAUGACACUGAACUGGAAAAUAGCAUCUCUGACUCCGAGCCUGGCCAACAUGAACAUUGCUCACAUCCUGCUGAUCAGUGGCAUCGUCAUCACCUGCGUCUCAUUCCUCGGAUUUUUGGGAGCGCUGAAGGAGAAUCGCUGCCUGCUGCUGACGUUUUUCCUGGUGCUGUUUGCCCUGAUGCUGAUGGAGCUGACUGCAGCAUGUCUGCUGCUCAUGUACGAGAAGGAGAUUACACAGAAGAUCACUGAUGAUCUAAACUCUGGUUUGAAGAAUGCACAAAGAAAGGGAAUGAAUUCUACUCUUCAGAGCGAUUGGGACCUGGUCCAGGAGCUGAUGGAUUGCUGCGGAGUUCAUAAUUUCACCGACUGGGGACAUCUGGUUCCUGAUUCCUGCUGUCAGGACAGCUGUGGCAGUUCCAAACCCAAGUACAGAGAUCAGGGCUGUUUGGUGAAACUCAACAACUGGUUUGAGGAGAACUUCCUGACUGCUGGAAUUUCUGUCAUCAUCCUGUGCAUCAUCGAGGUCCUGGGAAUGUGUUUUGCCAUGACGCUCUUCUGCCACAUCAGUCGUUCUGGACUGGGCUACAAACUUUAGGAAUCCUGUUGGAUAAAAACUCUUCUGUUCGGCUGAUAAAAGCUGGAGAUUCAACAUGUUUUCUUACCAAUUUAAUAAAGUUGAUUUUUCUUUUGCUCUCUGCAACGAUGCCGUGUGAAAUGUUGUAGUUUGGCUUUGUGUCAUGUUUUUAAUCCCCCCCCCCCCCCCCCAAAAAAAAAGAUUCAAGUGAAGAUUGUAUAAAUUGAAAGAACUAAUAAAGCUCCUUUGCUUCAG